CAACAAAGCCCAAAAACUGUUGUGCUGCAGGGAGCUGCUGGAAUUGGGAAAACAAUGACAGCAAGAAAGAUCAUGUUGGACUGGGCAGCUGGAAAACUCUAUCAGAAAAAGUUUGAUUAUGUUUUCUAUAUAAAUUGUAGAAAGAUAAAUCAUGUUACUGAAGAGCAAAGUAUUGCUGAUUUGGUUUUAGACAAUUGUCCUAAUGGAGAAGGACCAAUUAAAGAAAUCUUUGAGAAGCCAGAAAAACUCCUAUUCCUAAUAGAUGGUUUUGAUGAAUUGAGUUCUUUGCUAGACAUUGAUGAAGUUAGUCUGUGCACUGACCCAUUUGAGAAGAAGCCAGUGAAAACUGUACUGUGCAGUUUACUGAGAAAGAAAGUUCUUCAAAAAUCCUUCUUACUGAUCACUACAAGACCAACUGCUCUGGAGAAACUAAAGCAGAAUUUAAAAUUUCCAUGUUAUGCAGAGAUAAUGGGAUUUUCGGGAGAAGAAAGGAAAGAAUAUUUCUAUAAAUUUUUUUGUGAUGAAAAGAAAGCAACACAAGCCUUUAAUUUUGUCAAAGAAAAUGAAAUGCUCUUC